UGCUGCUACGACAAAUACCGCUAGGCCAACAACAACCACAGCCAUCCCAACAACAACAGUUGCUCCCACUACAACCACAGCAACGCCAAUGACAUCUACAGCUGCAGCUACGACAAGUACAGCUGUGCCUACAACAACCACAGCUGAGCCCACAACAACCACAGAUGAUACAACCACAAUCCAAGCUGCUGCUACAACAACAGCUGCGGAAACCACAGCCAAAACCCUGCCCACAACAACCACAGCUGCUCCCACAACAAACAUAGCUUCUCCCGCAACAAUUACCACCACAGUAACAACAAUAACAUCUACAGCUGCAGCUUCAACAAGUAUAGCUGUGGCUACAACUACAACAGAUGCACCUACAACAACCACAUCUUCUCCGACAACAACUACAGUAGCUCCAACUACCUCAAAAGCUUCCCCUACAACAACCACGGCUGAUCCCACAACAACCACAGCUGCUGCUAUGACAACAACUUCUGCGGCUACAACAACAGCCGUCCCUACAACAACCACAGCUUCUCCCACAACAACCAUAGCUGGUGCUGCUACAACAACUACAGCUGUGGCUACAACAACAGCUGCUCCAACAAAAACCACUGCAGCACAAACAACGACUAAAGAUGCUCCUACAACAACCCCAGAUACACCCACAACAACAACAUCUUCUCCGACAACAACCACAGCAGAUCCAACGACCACAACAGCAUCCUCUACAACAACUACAACUGCUCCUACAAAAACCACAGCUGUUUCCACAACAACCACAGCUACUGCUACGACAACAAAAGCUGCGGAUACAACAACCAAAGUCAUCCCCACAACAACCACAGCUGCUCCCACAACAACCACAGAUGCACCCACAACAACCACAUUUUCUCUGAAAACAACUACAGCAGCUCCCACAACCACAACAGCUUCCACUACAACAACCACAGCUGCUCCCACAACAACCACAGCCGGAUCUAUGACGACCACAGCUGCACUAAUAACAAUCACAGCUUCUCCCACAACAACCACAUCUUCACCGACAACAACCACAGUCACAGUUACAACAACCACAGCUUCUCCCACAACAACAACAGCUGUUGCUUUGACAACAACAUCUGUGGAUACAACAACAGCCAUACCAACAACAACCACAACUGCUCCUACAACAACAACAGCUGCUGCUACACCAACCACAUCUGAACCAAAAACAACCACAGCCACAGGUCUGACAACCACAGCAAUCCUCACAACAACCACAGCUUCUCCCACAACAACCACAGAUGCGCCCACAACAACCACAGCUUCUCCAACAACAACCUCAGCUGCUGCUACGACAACAACUGCUGCGGCUACAACAACCAAAGCCAUCACCACAAAAACCACAGCUGCUCCCACAACAACAACAACAACACCUUCUUCCAAAACAACCACAUCUGCUGCUAUUAACAUCAGCUGCUCCCACAACAACCACUGCAGCACCAACAAUGACUACAGCUGCUCCUACAACAACCACAGAUACACCAACAACAUAUUCUCAGACAACAACUACAGCUGUUCCAACGACCGCAACAACUUCCUCUAUAACAACUACUGCAGCUCCAACAACAACCACAGCUAUUUCCACAACAAACACAGAUACUGCUACGACAACAACAGCUGCGGCUAUAACAACCAAAGUCGUGCACACAACAACCACAGCUGCUCCCACAACAACCACAAAUGCACUCACACCAACCACAUUUUCUCUGAAAACAACUACAGCAGCUCCCACAACCACACCAGCUUCCCCUACAACAACCACAGCUGCUCCCACUACAACCACAGCUGGAGGAACGACGACCACUGCUGCACUCAUAGCAAUAACAGCUGCUCAAACAAAAACCACAUCUUCACCCACAACAGCCACAGCUUCUCCCACAAAAACCACAGCUGA